AUGACUAGUGAAAAUAGAACACCAUCAGCCAGCACAGCAUCCGAGUUAGCAACAGUCACAGUGUCAUCAAGAAUCCCUGAGUUUUGGUGCGAUCAAGCUCGCUUAUGGUUUGUGCAAUGUGAAGCCAUAUUAACACCUCAAAAACUAAGCGACGAAGCGAAGUUCAACUUAGUCGUCACGAAGCUGGGAAAAGACGUAAUACAACAAGUCAGAAACAUUUUACUUCAGCAACCCCAAACGAAGAAAUAUGACACCCUAAAAUCGAGAUUAUUAGCAGUGUACGAAGAAUCAGAAAAUCGUCAACUCCAAAAACUUUUGAGUGAAAUCGACCUUGGCGAUGAGAAACUAUCUCAACUUUUGAGACGCAUGCGAGAUUUAGCCAGGAGGAAAAUUCCCGACGAAACGCUGAGUAUCAUGUGGCAAUGUCAUUUGCCAGCCGCAGUACGCUCCGUCCUUGCCGUCACUGAUGUAAAAGAUUUGGAAAAUUUGGCUACUAUUGCAGACAAAAUUAUGGAAAAUACAAGGCCUAUUCAAAUAGCGGAGGUUAGUAGGAAACCGUCGACGUCAGCUGAUAACCUUUCCGUGUUGCAAGCACAGGUGGCUCAGUUAUCUUUACAAGUGAUGGAAUUGCAGAACAUUCAAAGAUUUCAACACAAAAAAUGA